UACUCAAAACGAACGCUUCCAAGACAGCGGCUGCUAAACAGAGAAAACAGACCACGCGAACAUCGGAAAGCGUUUUAUUUGCGCCUCUGCCACCAUCCAUUUAAAUGUUUUAACAAAUAUUAUAUAUAAGGUUCGUGUGUUCAGCUGAUUUAAAGUAGAUAGCGGUGUUCUAUUUUGAUCUUUACAGGGACGCUUGGGAAUAAGCGCUAAUUGGAUCAUAGCAGCUUUGCUUUGACAGGCAGAUACAUAACUGAUGGCGUGUGCUAAGAGGCCAUCCUUGCAGGGGCCGGUGCCUCCUCCUCGCAAGAAGACGAACCCCAAAGCUGAGCUGACUGAGGAGCAGAAACAGGAGAUCCGAGAGGCUUUUGAGCUCUUUGACACGGAUGGAUCUGGACACAUUGACGUCAAGGAACUCAAGGUUGCUAUGAGAGCCCUGGGCUUUGAACCCAAAAAAGAGGAGAUCAAGAAGAUGAUUGGUGAAGUGGAUAAAGAUGGCACCGGGAAGAUCUCCUUUAAUGACUUCCUCAUUGUCAUGACACAGAAGAUGGCUGAGAAGGAUUCCAAAGAGGAGAUACUGAAAGCUUUCCGCCUAUUUGACGAUGAUGAGACUGGGAGGAUCUCCUUUAAGAACCUGAAGAGAGUCGCCAAAGAGCUGGGAGAGAACCUCACAGAUGAAGAGCUGCAGGAAAUGAUUGACGAGGCCGACCGAGAUGGAGAUGGAGAAGUGAACCAACAAGAGUUCCUGCGGAUUAUGAAGAAAACGUGUCUGUAUUGACGGAAGUCUAUACCAUUGACAAGACAAAGAUGGAAAGCUGCUGAUAGCUUUAUUUCUUUCUCAAUCAUCCCUUUUUUAAUCAUCAUUGUGAUGUGUCCAAAAAUGGAAGUAAAUUAAAAAUAUAAAUAUGCUCCUGAUCAAAAUUUUGACACCAGUUGAAAAAUGCAAGACCUUACAAUUUGCACUGUUGGAUAUCAAGUAGGUUCGAAGCAGAGCUUCAAAAAAUGCAAAGAGACAGAAAAUGAAAUUGAAUCCACAUUUUUGGGCUUUUUGGCUUUCAAAGGCUGUGGUCUUCGACAUUUGAUCAGCAGCUUAUUUCACUUCAAUGGUUGUUUGUGAUGAAUUGCUAACUCAAAAAAAAAAAAAAAGUCUCACUCCCAUUUCUUUUUGCAGCUCUACUUAGAACCUCCUUCAAAUCCAACAGCGCAAAAUGUAAAUACUUAAAAUGUUUCAACUGGUCUUAAACUUUAUCAUCACAUACAACAUUGAUGUCCAAGUUAACACGAAAUGCUCUUGUUCAGGAUGCUGCAUACUCUUGUGAAGAUUAGAUCACUUGUGUUAAAAACCAUCUGUGCGGCAGUACAACAUUCCAACACAAUUUAAAAUUUUUCUCAUUUUAAUGCUAAUUGUCUCUUUACAAUAAGUUACAUUAUGGACGCAGCUACCCUUUUACAUGAUGUUUGGCGUGUUGUCAGUUUUGUCUGUAUUUUUGAAUGUUUUGUAUAUUGUAUAGCGCAUCAAAAAUCUACAAAGAAUAUUAAAUGUUUAUGGCACAGAUAAAAGUAAAUAUAUUGAAGCAUUAUUGGCCUCUU